AUGGGCCAAAACUCGGCUGGCCAGCGCCUGUUCCAUGCGACCAACUCCCCCUCGCCGCUGUCGUCGCGAGAGGCUUCUCCUCGCCCGCACAAGCGCAAUGCCACCCCGUCGGGCGCAGGCACGACUGCCAGGCCUUCCUUCAGAACACGCAAGAGCAGCGCCGAUGCCAGCCCAAGUCGAGGUUCCAGCCUGUCCAACUCGACGACCGCCGCCGCCGCCCCAGGCCAUGCCUCCCCGACGGUGCAGCGAGCUCUGUCCUCCACCAGCAUACCUGAGCUCACGCCUACCUCAUCGACCGACACUGUACGAGCCCCGCGCCCUUCCAAGCCAUCUUCAAAGUCGAAUUCUGGCGAGACGACUCCCCAUUGGCCCCUCUCGCCGCGCCUCAAAUCACCACCACCGGGCGAUGACGGCCGCUCACGUUCGCGCACAAACUCGCUGCGUGCGCAAAUUAGGAAGCCCGAAGCUCAAUCUGCGCCCUCAAUUGUCGUCCAGAGCUCAUCGCCCGCCUCGCUCUCUCGCUUCCCAGUGAGAGAAGAGGCGCCCGCAAGCGACCCCGACGAGCCUCAGCCACCGCCUGCGCCCAAAGCAACCUCGCGGAGUUCCGGCGGCGUGGCUCCCAAGCUGGCAACGGUGCAAGAAUCUAGCUUGCCUGCCACACCCGGAUUUGAUGGUCUAGAGCCGCAAAGCUUUGUUCCCUCAGCGACUGCCCACAAAACCGAUCAGGACCGAAAUGACGUCAAUUCGUCCAAAGUCACUGAAGACCUCAGCACCAAGCACGACAACACCAAGCACACGGAGAGUGGUAGCGACAGCGCGACCAAGAGCGCCAAGAAGGGCAAGAUGCAGGAGCAGCGCAACACGUACACCCAUCGCCCACACACCGUCUCCGCAAAGCCCUCCCUCUCUUCAAUGUCGACGCGAUCGCGAGACCCGCCCCUCCGCAACAUGACGGUCGAAACUGAGACCGUGCCCUCUGUCGCGCAGCCAUCCAUUGUGAACCAGGACCGGUCCGCGUCUGGUCGCGUAGAUGGUGGAAUACGACUAAAGGCCAGCAACGAGACGAUUCGACCCAAGAAGGAAAGGAAAGCCCCCAAGCGCAAAGCCGCGUCCAUCAAUGCAGGCACUGGUAGGUUGGAACACAUUUCGUACCACUAUUACACCCCGAGCCGGCCGGACCCCGGUUCUCGCUCAAGCAUGAACCCGUCAUUCGGCAGCCCCGUCUCAUACCGUUCGUAUGACGACCGGCGCUCGUUAUUGACCAUGUCGCCCCCGAGUUCAGAGCUUCGCAUGGCUCCUCUUCGCCCCCCUCUCAAAUAUUUUUAUUCAAGCACUAACACAAGUACCCGUACAGCUUCGUCCAAAGCCGAUGUAUUCGAACAAAAGGUGGCCAGCGCGGUUGAUGAGGCCGACUCCUCUGACUCCGAUGCGACCUUCAUCUAUGAGUCGAACCCUCCCGAACAGCCGCACCGCAGCCGCCAACAUCACUCACGAACGCCAAGCAUGACGUCGCUAGCCAGCCUCACGGACCCACGACUCCAGAUACGCGACACGCACAAGCACCCAAGUAAGAAGAGCAGCAUAAAGUUCACGAACCCGUACAACAACCCGAGCAUUGACGGCGAUGAUCGAGGCGAGGGCACCAUCCGGAUAGGCUCCGGGCGAGCGGGUGGAGGCAGUCAUCACCACCACAUUGGACGACAUAGCCAGGGUCGCGGCGCACUCAGCCACCUUGCUAUGGAGAGUGACACAUCGGUACCACAGUCUUCGCGCGCACGUGGCCCGUCAUCAAGAAAUGCGUCGCAACCCAACAGCCCUCGCUUCCACACCUUCAAUGUUGGGAACGGUCACAGCAAUGGCAGCAAGAAAAAUGGAGAAUAUUCUGCAGCAUACGAUAUCGACGCCGAAAACAUUGCCGAUGAUGAGCGCACACCGCUGAUUCAAUCUGGACGAAGUCCACGUUCUACACGAACCUCCCGCCAGCGCAAUACCACCACCAUACGCCAGCUAGAGCGCCGGCAUCAUCGCGAUGGCGGAUGGUGUCGCCGUUUCGCGGGCUGCCUCGUCCUUACGAUUCUGCUGCUCGUCGUUGUGUUCUGCGCUAUUGGCCUUGUUUUUGCUACCACGAAGCCUCUCACUAGUCUCGUGGUGCGAGACAUACAGAAUGUUGUAGCGAGUCAAGAGGAGGUUAUGCUGGAUCUCAUAGUCAACGCGGUAAACCCUAACAUCAUCGGCGUUACCGUCUCUGACAUGGAGGUCUCGCUGUUUGCUAAGAGCAAGCACGUCGGGUCAGAUGCUUGGUGGCGCGAGCACGGGAACGGUCCACAAGAUGACGUAGAACACUGGACACCCAUCGAAGAAGAAGCAACUACAGAGAUCUCGAUUACUGGUGUAGAUGAAGGGACCGAUCCCAUUGAGGGCGAACCUCGUACCAUGCUUCUAGGACGCAUUGCCCACUUCGACUCACCACUAAACUUUGAAGGUUCCUUUUUCCAGCGGAAACGCGCCGAAUCUAUUGGUGAGAUUCGACUUUUGCACCCCGGAAACAAGACAGAAGCCGGAGGCAGCGAGCGAUGGGAGGAAGUCCUGCAAUAUCCUUUCGAGUUGAUCGUGAGGGGUAACUUUAAGUACACACUGCCUCUCAGUACGCAGGAAUUCAAGGUCCCUGUUACGGCAUCCCAUUACUACGACCCAGAUAUCGAGCGCAAAAAGGAACUCGACAACGUAGAGAGCAAAGAAAAGAGGAGGAAUAUAUCACAUGUAUCAACAAAACCACGGGGACGAUACGACCGUAGAGCCUUACCGUUCUGGAGUCCCCGAUAG